AUGAAGUCAACACUGAUCCAGCUCGUCUUGGCCGGCACUGCUCUUGCGGCAACGACAUUCCAGGAACAAGCGGAGGCCAGUCGCGGCCCUGCUGGUGAAGUAUCCAUCGCUGCGGACAAGAACGAUUACACCUGCACAAAGACGAAAGGCUGCGCCAUUGGUUGCUGCGGCGCCCUAGACCCAAACACAGGCAAGGGAGUCUGCGGCGGCGGUCCCGACUUCUGCGGCAAGGGCUGCGUCUCCGAGUGCAGCUGGAAGAGCGAGUGCGAUCCCGGCUGGGGUGCCCAGUGGUCCAAUGCGACGACCUGCCCUCUGAACGUCUGCUGCAGUGACUUUGGCUUCUGCGGCACGACAGUUGACUUCUGCAAGGGCAAGGUCGUUUCCUCGCCCGAGUGCGGCGGGAGGAGUGCCGAUGCCAGGACGAUCGGUUACUACGAAGGAUGGAACCAACAGCGUUCUUGCGGUCACAUGAAACCCGAGGACAUCCCCCUGGGUUACUACACGCACGUCUUCUUCGCCUUCGCCCUGAUCCACCCAAAAACCUUUCACGUAGCGCCGAUGGACCCGGAGACGGCCACGCACUACGACGAGGUGACGAGGCUCAAGGCCAAGCAGCCCAAUCUCGAAGUGUGGAUCGCGAUCGGCGGCUGGGCCAUGAACGACCCAGGCCCGUACCGCACGGCAUUCUCGGACAUGGCCAAGUCCGAGUCUGCGCAAGAUGCCUUCUUCGAGUCGCUUAUCUCGUUUAUGUUCCAGCACGACUUCGACGGGAUUGACUUGGACUGGGAGUAUCCCGUCGCUGAUGACCGAGGUGGUAUACCUGAGGACUUCAAGAACUACGUCAACAUGAUUUCCCGCCUGAGAGCUAGGCUCAAUGGAAGUGGACGCCGCUUCGGUUUGAGUAUCACUCUGCCGGCCUCGUACUGGUACCUCAGAGGCUUCGACUUGGCCCAAAUUGAGCCGCACCUAGACUUCUUCAACAUCAUGACUUAUGAUAUUCACGGGGUCUGGGAUAAGACAGUCAACUCGAUCGGGCCGUACGCGUACGCUCACACAAACUUGACGGAGAUCCAGUUGGGCCUAGAACUGCUAUGGCGAAAUAACGUCAACCCCGCCCGCGUCAAUCUCGGUCUAGGCUUCUACGGAAGAAGUUUUACCAUGAAAGAUCCCAGCUGCAUGCACUCGGGCUGUGAGUUCUCAGACGGCGCCCACGGCGGCGAAUGCACGGGCACCCCAGGCGUCCUGUCCGCCGCCGAGAUCAACAAGAUCAUCAAGGCCGGCGCCACGGUGACGUUCGACCAGGAGGCCGCCGUCAAGAUCGUGACCUGGAACUCAAACCAAUGGGUCAGCUGGGACGACGCAGAGACGCUGAAGAUCAAGCAGGACUACGCGAAUAGGCGUUGCUUGGGAGGAACUAUGGUGUGGGCUAUCGACUUGGACGACGGCACUUUGAUUAAUGCACUUGGGGGGAACAUGGCGCGCAAGAAGGCGACGGUGUUGGACAACUUUGUCAAAAACGCUGAUGUGCAGUACGAACCUAAGGGUGAGCUAUGA